UUAAAAUCUGUAAGCAAACAGAUAUUUGGAAAAAAGCUCCCAAAUUGACCAAAGGGAAAAAAGGUCCAAAAUUUGCGAACCAAACGAUCCCUAAUUGACCUAAGAAAUCUUGAAUUAGACUCGAAAUAAAGAGUUGCUGUAUAUAAUCGCUAUCCAGCAACCAAAUUGAAAGAAAUAACGACAUGUCACAUGAUUUCUCGUUGGCUUUUUGGCUCGAAAGGGAAAGUAGUUUAAAAUACGGAUGACUUUCCCAUUUACGGAAUCCACCGUCAGACUUUCGAAAGAAAAUUUCCCUUUUCCGUGAACUUCUCAAAAUUCCUGUGCGUGCGUUGUUCUUAAAAGGUGUCACUUCUACCAUCUUUUAAGGAUAGAUCCAAAAACAAGAUAAGAAUUGCAGAAAUUUAUCGAGUAAGUGCACCUCUUAAUUUAUGAAAACGUUGAUUUUCGUCACAAUUCGGUCUAGCGAGCGUAGUAAAUCUACUGUUUAUCUGUUUUUGUCUCUUCAUCCGAGAUUGAGAAAGGGAAUUUUGAAGAUAUGAAAUUUUGCAAGAAAUAUGAGGAGUAUAUGGAGGGGCAAUUAGGGCAGAAUAAUAAGAAACUGCCAAGAGUUGGUCUUAAGAAACUGAAGAAAAUAUUGAAGAGGUGUAGAAGGUGCCACCAAUCACGUAGUGUUGCUGCAGAUACCACCACUAUACAUGAUUGCCCUCAUCAAUGCACAGUUUGUGAUGGAAGUUUUUUUCCAUCUCUCCUUAAGGAGAUGUCUGAAGUAGUUGGCUGCUUUAAUAAAUGUGCACAGAGAUUGCUUGAACGUCAUCUCUCCUCGGGUUUUCGCAAGUGUCUUAUCUUGCUCAAAGAAAGAAUACAAGGAAACCAUAUUGCUUUAGUUCAAGAAGGAAGAGAACUGGUCACCUAUGCGAUAAUCAAUGCAAUUGCCAUGCGUAAAAUACUUAAGAAAUAUGACAAGGUUCACUAUUCUAAGCAAGGUCAGGCAUUCAAGUCACAAGCUCAAAGUAUGCACAUUGAGAUCCUUCAAUCCCCCUGGCUCUGCGAGCUUAUGGCUUUUCACAUCAAUUUGAGAGAAAAUAAGGCAAGAAAUGAGAAGGCUCUUGCACUUUUUGACGGUUGCUUCCUGAUAUUCAAUGAAGGGAAACCAUCUCUCUCUUGUGAGCUCUUUGAUUCUAUCAAGCUUGAUAUUAAUUUGACCUGUUCUAUUUGCUUGGAUACCGUGUUUGACCCAGUAUCUCUCACUUGUGGCCAUAUCUUCUGCUAUAUCUGUGCUUGCAAAGGUGCAUCUGUGACCAUAGUGGAUGGACUGCAGGCGGCAAAUCCUAAGGAAAAAUGCCCUCUCUGCCGAGAGGAAGGAGUUUAUGAAGGUGCUGUGCGUCUAGAAGAGCUUAGCAUUCUAUUGAGCAGAAGUUGCCCUGAGUAUUGGAAAGAGCGUCUUCAGACCGAGAGAGUAGAAAGGGUCCGGCUUGUUAAGGAGCAUUGGGAUAAUCAGUGCCGUGCAUUCAUUGGUGUCUAAGUUAAUAAUAUCUGUCUCAUGGUAGCACUAGAAUUGCUUACUGGCAUUUGGUUCUGCAUUUUCUUACAUUUUCCUAAGUUCCUGUUGUGUAUGCCUGAACAAGUGCUAGAAUCUGUAAAUAACUGCAUAUUUUUGUCAAUGGUUUGAGUUUAAGCAUUCAUGCUCACUUGUACUGGGUCAAGUAACUUAGCAGUAAUUUUGUAAUCAAAAGCAGUAAUUAAAACUUCAA